AUGACGGCCGAAGUACCACGACAGUUUUCUGCCGCCGACAAUUGUGUCACUGUCCGCUUCGCAACACUUGCUGAUGCUAACCGCAUCACAGAGCUUGGUGCACACGUCUUUGCGGUCACGUAUGGACAUUCUGUCGAGCCUCGUGAAUUACGAACCUAUUUAAAGGAAUCCUACUCGAAGUCAUCAAUCAUCAAAGAUAUACAAGAUGGAAAGAAAGACGUUUUUGUCGCUACCAAUGACGAAAAUAACUUCCUGGGAUUCGCCUACCUUACUCAAGGCAAUAAGGAGCCUUGUGUAGAAACUUUUGAAAGAACGAUCGAAUUGCAACGCCUCUAUGUACACCCGUCAUCGCAUGGUACAGGUGUUGGAAGGCUGUUAGGGGAGGCAGUUGAGACUAGGGCUCGAGAACAGGGAUUCAAGAACGUUUGGCUAGGAGUAUGGGAGGAUAACCCAAGAGCGAUCAGGGCGUAUGAGAAAUGGGGUUAUAAACAAGUUGGAGUUCAUGAUUUUGCCAUAGGAUCAGUGGUGCAGACUGAUCACAUCAUGGUAAAGGCGUUGUAG